CAUGCUCUGCUUUCUUCUUCUUCUUCUUCCUCUCGCCAACUGCAGCUGAAGCAAGAGACUUGUUGACCGAGCAAGCCCGUCAAUGGACCACCUGCUGCACCAUGGGCACAAGAUGAGGAGGCCCGUCCCAAGCCACGAGGCGGCGCUGAGGUCCGUCCAGAAGCCCCCGGCCAAGCCGUGGCGCGCGGGCGGCGGGUUAACGCCCGCGCCGGCGCCGACGCCGCCCAAGGUGUACCGCGUGGAGCCCCGGGAGUUCCGCGACCUCGUGCAGAGGCUCACCGGCGCUCCCGCCAUGCACCAGCACCAGCACGGCCAGCAGCUGCUGCGCGCGCCGACGCAGCCGGUGCCCGUUCGUCCCGGCGGGAUCGGGAUCGAGGACGGCUUGUACGCGCCCUGGUGCUCGUUCCCGAUCAUGGGCCUGCCGGCGUCCAUGCACCCCGGCGGCCUCGACGGCCACCACCUCAUAUAGAUAUAGGAUAUGCAUAUGCAUGGUAGCUCAUCGUCUCGGCCGGCCGCCGCUGCUCUUGUAUUUGUAGGUACAUCCUUGCUUGCUUGAUCUAGCUAGGACACGACACGACAGGUAUAUAUAGGAGCGUGAUAGAUACUCUUUGCCCUCUUAAUUUGUAACUUAAUAUACGUAUUUAGUAGCAGCGCUUGUUUGAUGUAA